AAUAGCUAGUUUGGGCAUCUACAGGGUGUGCUUUAAAAAAAAAAAUUGUGGAUUUUAUUUUUUUUUCCUUUUCUCGGAUAUCCGGCUUUAAUAUGACUCUAUUUUCUAUUUUCCUUGGACUACUGAUGCCGGAGAAAGUGCUCGCUUGAGUUCGGAUGUCAGGUUGGUCCUGGCGCUGGUGCUGAUUCUGGCUAAGAGGGAAGGAGAGAGGGAAAGCUGUGGUCUCCUCUCCCUCCGCUCUGCUUUCGGAUUGGUCUCUCUCUUAAAGUGCUGUCCAAGGGUUGGCUGCAGGACCGCUGAAUAACAGGUGCAUUUCGCUGCUCCGUCGCUCUCAAAGAAGCAGCCUAGGAAUGCUAGUGCACCAAGGCUAGAGAGAAGAGGGAGGAGAGGAAAGAGAGGGAAAGAACUGAAGAAGGCUGGGCGGAAAAAUCGCCCGUAAAGUGGGACCAGCUCCCUGUGUUGGAAUGUGGCUUGAUAUUUCUCCAUCCGGAUGGUCGGGAUCGUAAAUAAUCCAGAAGGUUGAAUUCUGUAACUUGCAAGGAAUCAAAGGAAGAAAAGGGGGAAAGGGGAAAAAAAAAAGAGAAAGGGAGGGGAGAGGAGGGAGACGGGUGGUGGUGAGGGUUGUGAGCGAAGAACCCCGGGGAGCGCCGAGGGGCAAAGGAGGAGGAUGUUGGAAAGGCUCCUGUGUGUGGAUGGAGACAGCAUGGUGACGGGGCUGAUUCGGCAGAUGCUCGGGGGCCAACACAGGAGGAGAGCUCAUUUUGGGAAAGGACCAAUGCCCCGGGAUUAACUGACUUCAAGCCUGGAAGACUGGUGAUUUGGGGGGGAAGGGUUUUUUUUUCCCCUUACUCCUUUCCUCCCUCCCCUCCCCCCUUUCUUUCCGCGCCUCCUUCCCCUCUCGCUGUCUCUCUCCCUUUUUUUAGGGGGGGGGGGGGGGGAGGGAGAGUGGGGGAAGGGCGAAGAUUCGCAUGCUACUGCUGCUGCUGCUGCCGCCGCCGCCGCUGCUGCUGCUGUUUUCCGCCCGCCGGCUCCGGGUCCCUGAUGUCUCUCUGGCUUCCCCGCGGGGGGCGAAGGUGAAAAGGCUCCUAGGAUGAGUGAAGGGGCGAGCGGUGCCUCCCCACCUGGUGCCGCUUCUGCCGCCGCUGCCACAGCGGCCGCCGCCGCUGCCGCCGCCGAGGAAGGGGCAGCAGCGGCGGCGGGCGGGGGCCCGGACGGGGAAGGGGCGGCCGAGCCCCCCCGGGAGUUACGCUGUAGCAACUGCAUUGUAUGGAACCGGCAGCAGACUUGGCUUUGCGUGGUGCCCCUGUUCAUCGGCUUCAUCGGCCUGGGGCUCAGCCUCAUGCUCCUUAAAUGGAUCGUGGUGGGUUCCGUCAAGGAGUACGUGCCCACCGACUUGGUGGACUCCAAGGGGAUCGGCCAGGACCCCUUUUUCCUUUCCAAGCCCAGCUCUUUCCCUAAGGGCAUGGAGACCACCACGACCACGACCACCACCUCCACCUCCACCUCUACCCCGUCCUCCGGCACCGCCUCCUCCAGGACGCCCAACCGGAUUAGCACUCGUCUGACCACCAUCACUCGGGCGCCCACUCGCUUUCCCGGGCACCGGGUGCCCAUCCGGGCCAGCCCCCGCUCCACAACGGUGCGGCACACCGCAGCCCCCCCGACAGUACUCUCCACCACGGUCCCCUUCUUCAGCAGCAGCACGCAGGGUUCCCGCCCACCCCUGCCAGGGGCACCCAGUACCCAGCCAAUGCCCUCUUGGCCCACUGCGGCAUACGCUACCUCCUCCUACCUCCACGACUCAACUCCCUCCUGGACCCUGUCUCCCUUUCAGGAUUCUUCCUCCUCCUCCUCCUCCUCCUCUUCCUCUUCCUCUUCCUCUACCACCAUCACACCAGAAACUAGCACCAGCCCCAAAUUUCAUACAACUACAUAUUCCACUGAAAGAUCGGAGCACUUUAAGCCGUGCAAAGACAAGGAUCUUGCAUAUUGUCUGAAUGAAGGAGAAUGCUUUGUGAUUGAAACCUUGACGGGGUCACACAAACACUGCCGGUAAGGGAGAGUCAUUCACCAACCCACACUAUUUUUUUUUUUUCUGCUUAGUCUGUGCAGAACUGGGGGAAAAUGGAAUAAGCACAACAGGAGACAAAAUCCAAAGCCAUCAUAAUGGAUGAAUUGGAAUUGUAAAUAUUGGAGGCCAAAGUGUCUCAAUUUCUCAUGAACUAUAUAUCAGAAGUUAAAUGAUAAGUGUGUUGCACUCAGAAAAAAAAAAACUAUCAAAUCAACUUAAAAAGGUGUUAUUUUUAUAAUAUCUAUAAUGUGUAUUUAAAUGUUACUUAUAUAUUUAGUGUUAUUCAUUAUAAGACUCAGACAUGUUGAAGGAUAAAGUUCUUAUUUAUUCCCUGGCAUUCAGAAAUAUUUACUCAUAAUUAAGUCAGCCUUUUGAAGAAAGACAAAAGAUAUAAUUAUACAGCAUCAGACGACCAGUUCAAACAGCAACACUAGCUUCAGCUCUGCUGUAUCAUCUCCGACAAAAAAAUAGAUAUGUUCUAGAGCUGCUAGGAGGUCUUAUGCUUUUGUCUCAGUUCAUUAAUUCUGUUAUAAUUUAUCUGUUUUUAAAGUAAAAGGAAAAUAUCCAUGCUUGUGAAAUACAUUGUACUAAGAAUAACAUUUCAAAUAAAUCAACAGAGCCCUGUGGCAGGCCAAUGACUGAGCUGCAGGGUCCAAAGACAAUGGUGGGGUUGUGGAAGGUGGCUGUUUAUGAGGCCUUCAGAGACACAAGAUUACACUCCAACUGCCAAUAAACAAGGUCCAAACAGAUGUAGAUAAAUAAUGCUCUUAUAUGUGCUGCAGUUUCAUGGCCCAGCACACCGUUGUAGGAAAUCAAAUUAGCAUCAGAAACAUAUCCUACUGAGUUUUUAUUCCCAGUACUACACUUGUAAUUUGUUUUUUUUUCCUUGAAUUUUAUAUGCUUCAAUGAUCAUUCAUAUCCAUAGCUCUUUCCUUCCCUUUGUUUUUCUCAUAUGACACAGUUAUUAAAUUAAUUAUUCUGAAUCAUGGAGGAUGGAAAAUUGGGUUGAUUUUUUUUCCCCUUUCACUAGAGCUAUUAGUAAAAUGUAUAGUUCUCCUGCCUCUCGCUCAUUACUUGAUUAAAUCAACCCCAGAAUACUGAAGUGUUGAAGAUACCUUUCAGCUUGGAUGAAAUGGAAACUUUGGGCAAGAUUGGGACAGUUGUUUAAGCCCACAAUGUGGGAUAGUUCUAAUAGUGUUUUUAGCAUGGCUUUUAAAUUUACCUGAUUGUUUUUACCUAGCUUUGGGACUGCUACUUUAGUGGAGAGUUGCAGCUCCACCUCAAUUUUCAGUGUGAUCUUAGCCAAGUCACUUAACAUUUAAUUAACUCCUUCAUCAGAAAAAUGAGAGGUUCAUAAUGGAUGAAACAUCUCUAUUUCUGAGUGUGCUAUUGGAUUCAUUUAAUGUUUAAUUCGAUUCAUUUAAAAGGCCUCUUAAAUCAAUACAUAAAUUCCAAAGGAUGUUUUUUUAAUCAUGAAAUAUUAAUGGAUGCUUUGCAUCUGAUGAUAAAUGUCUUAUACCUAUUAUAAAGAACUGUUUACAAUAUCAUAGGCAUCUUUGAAAAAACAUUUGACUAGGAGAUUUUAAUUUAUAUUUUUGGGAAGGCUGGUGCUGUCUUUAAAACAAGAUUACAAUCUUGUUUCUCUCUCUCUCUCUUUAUUUAUCUGUCUAUCUAUCUUUUCUCAUAGUGUGUUAUUUUUCAUUCAAUACCUCUCAGUAACUCAUUGAUAGAAGGAAAUACCAGUGAGAAAACCCUAUUAAAGCAAGUUGGUAGCUGCUUUGUAAUUUAAACUUUUGAAGAGUUUUCUGGGAGAUUAAGAGCCUUGCCUAGGUUCACAUAGCCACUGUGUAUGAGGGGUUGAAUUUAAAUCCAGAUUACCCCAGUUUUAAGAUCAAAUCUCUAUCAGUUGAAUCAUUGAUAACUGUCCCUCUUAUCACUUUAUAUUAGAUUAAAAACUAUCAAUUAGAUAGAUAGAAGCACAAUGGAUAGAGUGCUGGAACUAGAUUCAGGAAGACCUGAAUUCAAAUCCAGAUUCAGAUAUUUACUAAUUUUAUGACCCUGGGAAAGUUACUCAAUAUCUAUUUUAUUUUCUUCAUCUGUAAAAGGAUAUAAUAAGAGACAAGGACACAGAAGACAUAUGAAAGAGACAAACAUAAAAAGAGAUUAAAAAAAAAAAGUGAGAGAUAAAGAAGAAUGAUAGACAGAUAUACCAAGAAACAAAGUCAGAAAUCCAUCCAGAGACAGAGACUCACACACAGGUAGAAUUGAAACUUAAAGAAACUGGAAAUUUAAAGUAAUAAAGUGGAAGAAGACUAUAAAAGAAGCCCAAAGACCAGGAUUCCUAGAUUCUGACCUCAUAUGUGUUACUUAAUAAUCAUGUGAUCCUACAUACCCUUUAUGUUUAUGUUUAUAUAAGAAAUUUGUAUGGAUUCUUACAUUUCAUAUCUCUCUUUUUAAAAAAUGGUAAAAAGUGCAUAUGUCCAACAUCUUUGCCUUUUUAUAUAUCAAAUCUCAAAUAGUCAACAUUCCUAGGACUAAGAAAUUUAUAAAAGUGAGAACAAAUAGACUGACUGUGCUAUGUGUAUUUAUUAUAUGUAGGGAAGAACAAGCUCUUUUAACUAUAAUCUGACUUUCCCCACCUUGACUUGAACUUUAUUAUAAUUAAAGGAAGAAAUCUCUAUUUUCUUUUUGAAAAGAAAAACAAUAUUACAAAAACAAGUAGCUAGAUUGUUUUAUGCUUAUUUAAUACCUAGUUGAGGACCACUUACUCCUGUAGUCCUAGUCUUCCCAUUAAGCAUGAUGUAUAGUGGCCCAGCUCCAGUUAGAUAGAAGCUAUCAUCAUUUACUAUUAUUAGAUUGAUCAGCAAGAGUUUUCAAUUCAACACUUUCUAAUUAAAUAAUUUCCAUCCUAUUCAGAUCUUUUUGUUAGUUUUCAAUUUGUUCUUGUCAAAGUAACUUGUUUCCAUAUUGACUUCAUGUAUUUUGGAAGCACAAAAUAAACUUGGGAUUUCACUAAUAGAAAUAAUUCAAUCAAAGAAGCAGAGGAAAAAAAUAAGGAAUGAUAGGAAAUCUAUUAAAGUUUUAUAAGUAAAAAUAAUUCUGAAGAACAGGGGUUUCUAUGCAUAGUUACUUUUCUUAUUUUAUUUAGACAUGUUGGACACCUGAGAAACAUUCUUCGAUGUGUUCAAAACUAGAAAUGGCCAGUGUAAUUUAACCAAUUGAUAGGCAUUUGAAUAGAAAAAAUAGUAACUGGGAAAAAUUUCAAGUUUAAAAUAUGUCUUGAUUUUAUUACUGAAGUUCAGUCAAUAUUGCAUCAGUUAUGAUGACAAAUGUUUUUUCUAGUCAUUGGAUAGGAUAGGGAUUAUUCUUAGGUUUGACUUAAUGACUUAGGGAAUCUGUGACACAUUUUCCCAAAUCUACUGGGUUUUUUUUGAAAUUUAAAACUACCUCCUUUCAAAAAAAAAAAAAAGAUAAAGAGUGGGAAUAGAGUCAAUCUGAGUCAAUCACUUUGAGAGAAGUGAUGUUAUGAUUGAGUUGAUAGGAAAGCUGUAUGUCAGAAUGUUGCGAGAACUGGGGUUUUCAUGAAUUCUUUCAAGUUCAUAUGGAAUCAUUUGAAUAUAAAGUCUGGGGAAGAUUCAAUGUAAAGGAGAAUAACAGUUUAAUUUGAAUAGUUCUACAGGAAAGGUACCCUACCAUUUAAGAGCAAAAGGGAGAGAAUUUGUGGAGCUUUGUGCAUAUCUAUCUGUAGCCCCACCUGCCAGUUGGUAGUGGUUCUAGUAAUUGUGAUUGAAAUGUUUUAAGUAAAGACUUUAAUAGUCAAUAACAUGGAAGCUUCUCAACUUACAGUACUUACUUAAAUUCUUCCUAUUUUUCUGAUUAGUCACUACCCCAUAAUUAGAAAAGUUGAGUUACAAUUUAAUCAUCAUUAAGGAAAUAUCAUGAUAUGGCUGCUGUUAUGCACAAACACAUUCCACUUGCCUUACCUCCUCUCCCAUAUUUUGUGCUAUUUGCAAAUAUAUAUUGCAUAAUAGUAUGCUAUUAUUAAUAUGCCAAGAAGAUCCUUAAACCCAAAAGAAUUCCCCUUCUACCGUAUCUAGGAUUGUUUCCUUACCUGAUGAUGUUUUAUGUGUGCAUUAACCCUCACCCCAAGGAAUAGACUUUGCAAAAGAGACACAUGCUAUGCUCUGGAGUUACUAAAUGAUCGGAAAUAACAUGACACCUCUUUGGAUGGCAGAAAAGACUAAGGAAAGCUGAUCUGAAUUGGUCAGAAUUCAAAAACUAGUGACUGCUGAUAAGUUAUCUCCAGAUUAGGUUAAUUAAGAUGAUUUUUGAAUGGAUGUCUUGGAGGUUCACCAGAUAUUGAUUAUCAAAUAGUAUGUCCAGGAGAGAAAUCUAAACAAUCGUUGACAACUUGGAACUCCUUAAGGAAAGAAAAAUAAGAUACAUGAUCCUAUUUAUUAAUUAAGCCAGCAAUCAUUCUGGAAGAUAUAUUAAGUUUUGUAAAUGAAUUGUCUUCAUUUUCUAAAUAGUUCUUCCAAAGUCUUAAGAGAGAAUGACUUAGUAUUUAUUAUUGAAAUCAAAUGAAAUCAAAUAGAAAGCAAUUACAUUUUUGCCUCUGUUCUAUGGCUUCCAAGAAAAUGAUUCUGAAACAAUCUAACAAAGAUUUUGGCUCUAAAGAUAAUGUAGUAUAAUGCCUGUAAUAAAACACAGGAUAAUAAAAGGAUAAAAAAAUCUUAAGAGGUAUUUCAAGUUCAUCACAGACUUUCCAAGGUAAACAUUGAAUCAUUCAGUUGAUGAUAUUUGUCGCAACUCAAAUAUAAUUUAAGUAAUUUGAUAUAGCUGUAUUCACAAGUCAAUGAUGUUCAUAAUAGAAGGUCUACUGAUUGCCCUUGCCGUGAAAAUUUUUCAAGUUAUAAUGAAACUUCCCUUUAUUCUCAAUCAGUGUAGCUUGUCAAAAUAGUUUCAUUUUCUAAAAAUGAAUAUUAACCUUGCAGUACUGUGAUACCAAUGAAAUGGAUUGUUUACUCUCUUCUAACAUAUUUCUCAGUUCACUAAUCCUAUGUAAGAGAAUCAUUCUGGAAUGUUUUAUGGUGAAUUUAAGACCACGAUAAAGAUCCUUAAAGUGUUUCUAUUAAGUACUAGUUAAAUAUUCUUAAGUUAAUCAUUGAAACCCCAAGUACUUUUAUCAGAAAUAUGCAUUGUGAUUAGGAACAAUGUUUUUGUUUAUAAUUUUUUUCUGGAUGUACUGUUUCUUAUUUUGUGACUUUGUUAAUGCUAAGAUGAUGAUUAGAUUUUAAAAGAAUAUAUGCAAAGAAAAAGAAAAAAAAUGAAAACACAAGAAAAUGUAUAACCAAGAGGGAAUAAGGAUUUGCAUAUGUGCUGUAACUAUGAUUUUGAGUAGGAUUAUGAGGACAAAAAAAAAAAAACACAUUUGGAAAAAAGAACAAUG